AUAAAGCAGAUAAAGUAGAUAAAGCAGAUGAAAUAGAUAAAGCAGAUAAGGCAGAUAAAAUGAAUAAAACAAAUAAAGCAAAUAAAACAGAUAAAACAAACAAAGCAAAUAAAGCAAAUAAAAAUAAUCUUAAGAUAGUU